AUGGAGCUCAAAGUGUGGGUGGACGGAGUGGUGCGGGUGGUGUGUGGCCUGUCCGAGGAGACGUCCUGUCAGGAUGUGGUCAUAGCUCUGGCCCAAGCUAUCGGUCAAACGGGCCGUUAUGUUCUCAUCCAGCGUCUGAGGGACACAGAGCGGCAGCUGCUGGCCACAGAGAAACCCUUGCAGUCUUUGGCCAAGCUGGGGCAACAUGGAAGUGAAGUUCAGUUCUUCUUAAGGCGCACUGGCAACAGCACCAGUGAUGGACCUAACCCAAGUCAGGACAGACAAACUCCUCUGCCCAGGCAAUGGGAACCAGAGCCUUUGAAACGCAAUCAGCCCAAGAAAUCUCUCACGUUUAAUCUAGGGCCAACAACAUCUUCCACAUCUCCAAAAACCAAGGCCAACCAGCUUAAAAGGUCUCCACGAGACUCUCCUGAACAGAGGGCCUCUCCUACACCCUCCUCACCCUCUCCUCCUGUGGGCCCGUCUAAAGAGGAGGUCUUUCGGAGGGUUCUUCAGCAGCAGGAGAGACUGAGGGCCAUGGAGGCUCAGUUGGAGGCUCUAGAGAGGGAGACUCACUCAUGUGAUCGGUCCUACCCCUCUCCGUGCCCUUCCCCUGUAUCAGACACCCGUGUCCAGGAGGAGAUGGACCAUCUGGAGCAGGUGAUGCGCAGGAACCAAGCAGAGUUGGCUCAUGAACAGUACUGGGAGGACGAGCUCCAGGCUGAAGUGGACCGGGAGAAGGGCAUGAGGAGGAAGCUGGGGGAGCUACACUCUAAACUGGACGACUGUGGCAGACGACUCCAUGACUUUUCAGUGCGCUCUGAUCAGCUAGAGCAGGAGAUACAGAGAGAGAGCCAGCUCCAGGCAAACUCAAACUCACCAGAGGACUCCCUGGAUGCUGUGAAAGCAGAGCUGCUCGGCCAGGACAGACAGGGCUCUGAGCUGGAGGAACACUUGUCUGAGACUGACAAGGCGCUGGGGAAGGCAGAGUCUCUGCUGCAGGUCAAGCAGGACGAGUUGGAGGACCUGAAUAAAGAACUGCGGCAGUGUAACUUGCAACAGUUCAUUCAGCAAACGGGUGUCCUUCCUGCACAUUCUCAAUCACGUAGCGAACUGGAACAACUCGAACUGGCACAGCUGCUUCAGGAGGCACAGAGGAACGCAAGCCGAAGUCACACGCCUUUAGAAUCCCCGCCUCGCCCCACCGCCAAACAGUUCCUGGGCCACCCUCGAAACCUGCAGAACCCUCUCGUGUCCAGCCUGAAUCCGGAGGUCAUCACAUCUCGAGAAGCGUCUUGGAGCUAA